UGACACUUAACUCCUUGCUUACAUCUAGCUUGGCACAGAGGGACAUACAUACCCUGAAAAGUGUGGGUGAGACAUAACAGCACUGCCAGACCUACAGGCAGAUGGCUCUUCUUCAGGCUAAUAAAGAUCUCAUUUCCACAGGAAUAAAGGAAUUUAAUGCUUUGCUUAAUCAGCAGGUCUUCAGUGAACCUGUUGUCUCUGAAGAAGCCAUGGUGACUAUAGUGGAUGACUGGGUGAACUUGUACAUCAACUAUUACAGGCAGCAGGUGACAGGAGAGCAGGAAGAGCAGGACAGGGCUCUGGAGGAACUUCGGCAAGAGCUGAAGACUCUGUCUGUCCCUUUUCUGGACAAAUAUAGGGCAUUCCUAAAGUCCUUGUGAGCACCCAAAUCACCCAGUGCUUUUCUCCUAGCCCGGAGACUGGGGCCUGCAUUUUAAAGAAACCCUUAAUUCCUGCGUCUGUAUUCUUCAGGUCCUCAGGCUCUGCUCCUUGGUGUUACUCUACCUUGACACCUCAAUAAAGACCAACACUGGUUUGGCUGU